UGGUCUCAGCUCCGGCCUCAGGUCCGGCGCCGUCACCGGCUCCAACGCCGCCGCAGUCGUCACAGCCACAGCCAGCACGGCAGCCGCUGGUGCCACCCGUGGCCCCUGCCGUGGCCCUCUCUGCGGCCCCGCCCCCCGUCUCCAGCUCGGGUGCUCCUUCGUCUAGCCCUUCCGAGUGGAGCUCCCAGUCUCAGUGGCACGGCUCCUCGCACCCAGUUUCCAACACCCCGUCGUCAAAUGUGUCCAGCCGGGGAUUGACUGGGUCCUGGGUCGCUGGUGUGCCCUCUCACUUAAGUAGCGGUUCUGAGCAGGCGGCUGGCCCAGAGGCCAAGAGUGGCUCCUGGAGCUUCAGUGCCCCUGGCCUUAGCCACCCUCCUGCCACAUAUGCCUCCAGCCCUGACCUUAGCAUGUUCCAGUCAUUGGCAGGGGAAUCCCUCCAGCCUUUGGAGUCCUCUCGGAUUUCGGUACACGGGUCCUCCUUGACUUCUGUACUUAGCACUCCCCAAGGGACGUUACAAGGGUCCAUGCCCUCCUCAGUGGCCGGCACCCCCCAAGGGUCGGGCCCAGAUCCCUCCAUCUCUUCAAGGUCCAGCUAUCCUUGGGUGUUGGUUUCAUCAGGAUUUCAGGGAUCCCCAGAUUCUUCCCAACUGUCGGUACCAACACCUCCUACACCCAGUAAUACUCCCCGAGUGUCAUCACAAGACACCACUCCCUAUCUGUCCAGCUACCCUUGGAUGAGCAUACCAGUAUCUUCUCCACCCUAUUUUCUUUCUCAACUGUCGGUACAAGGACCUCCGACACCCAGCAAUUCUCUAACAACUGGAGUAGGGUACUUCAUACCCUCACCGGCGGCCAGCUCCCCAACAGGUUCUAUACAAUUUCCUUUUGUACCCACUAACACCCCUCGAUUGUCUGUAGAAGAGCCCUCAUCAUUCUUAGGGCCAGGCUAUCCCCGGGUAGCUCUAGAAAGAUCAGCUCCGCCCCCAGGCGCUCCCCUAGUGUCAGCACAAGGGGCUGCCCCGCCCUCUGGGCCCGGCUCUCCCCGGGUAAGGGUGGAAAGAUCGGCUCCGCCCCCAGACUCCCAGCAAGAGUCACUAGAAAGGUCUGUUCCAACCUUCACAUUCGGCACUUGGAUACCCACGCCUCUGGAGCAUCCCAACCAAAGCAUGGCGAACCGGGAGAAGGCGAAUCUUACAGGCCACAUGUUCGACGUAGUCGUGGUUGGAGGCGGUAUCUCAGGAUUGGCUGCUGCUAAACUCUUGUCUGAAUAUGAUAUUAGUGUUUUGGUUUUAGAAGCCCGGGAUAGAGUUGGAGGAAGAACAUAUACUGUGAGGAAUGAGCAUGUUAAUUGGGUAGAUGUUGGUGGAGCCUAUGUAGGACCAACCCAGAACAGAAUCUUACGUUUGUCUAAGGAAUUAGGCCUAGAGACUUAUAAAGUAAACAUCCGUGAGCGCCUAGUUCAAUAUGUCAAGGGGAAAUCUUAUCCAUUUCGGGGAGCAUUUCCACCUGUGUGGAAUCCCAUCACAUACCUGGAUUAUAACAAUCUGUGGCGGACAAUGGAUAAAAUGGGAAUGGAGAUCCCAGCUGACGCACCAUGGGAUGCCCCUCAUGCUGAAGAAUGGGACAAGAUGACUAUGAAAGAUCUCUUUGAUAAAAUCUGCUGGACAAAGACUGCUAGGGAGUUUGCUACUCUUUUUGUGAACAUCAAUGUCACCUCUGAGCCUCAUGAGGUUUCUGCUCUGUGGUUCUUGUGGUAUGUGAAGCAGUGUGGUGGUACCACUCGGAUAUUCUCAGUCUCCAAUGGAGGCCAGGAACGGAAAUUUGUAGGUGGAUCAGGCCAGGUGAGUGAGCGGAUAAUGGACCUCCUUGGGGACCGAGUGAAGCUAAGCCGUCCUGUUACCUAUAUUGACCAGUCAGGGGACAACGUCAUUGUAGAGACGCUGAAUCAUGAAGUUUAUGAGUGCAAAUACGUAAUUAGUGCCAUCCCUCCGACUUUGACUGCCAAGAUCCACUUCAAACCAGAACUUCCACCAGAGAGAAACCAGUUAAUUCAGCGUCUUCCAAUGGGGGCUAUCAUUAAGUGCAUGAUGUAUUACAAGGAACCUUUCUGGAAGAGAAAGGAUUACUGUGGCUGCAUGAUCAUUGAAGAUGAAGAAGCUCCGAUUUCAAUCACCCUGGAUGACACCAAACCAGAUGGAUCACUGCCUGCCAUCAUGGGCUUCAUACUUGCCCGGAAAGCUGACCGGCUUACCAAGCUCCAUAAAGAAAUAAGGAAAAGAAAAAUCUGUGAACUCUUCGCCAAAGUGCUGGGAUCUGAAGAAGCCUUACAUCCUGUGCAUUAUGAGGAGAAGAACUGGUGUGAGGAGCAGUAUUCUGGAGGCUGCUACACAGCCUACUUCCCCCCGGGGAUCAUGACGCAGUAUGGCAGAGUGAUUCGACAGCCAGUAGGCAAAAUUUACUUUGCUGGCACAGAAACUGCCACACACUGGAGUGGCUACAUGGAAGGAGCAGUUGAAGCUGGAGAACGAGCAGCUAGAGAGAUCUUGAAUGCUGUAGGGAAGGUGCCCAAGAAAGACAUAUGGCUUCAAGAACCUGAAUCUAAGGAUGUUCCAUCAUUUGAGAUCACCCACACCUUCUUGGAGAAACACCUGCCUUCCGUGCCUGGGCUGCUGAAGAUCAUUGGUUUUUCUUCUGUAGCUUCCAUCUGUAUUGUAUUAUACAGAUUCAAACUGUUCCCACGAUACUGAAAUUCCACUGUCCAGCUUCCUGCUUACUCGUCCUUAGUAUUAUAACUAUCAAAAAGAAAAUGUGGACGAGUUACAGGUUGUAUCAUUGGGCCAUUUAAGUGCACUUGAUUUAGCCCCCCCCCAUCACCCAGUUUAAUCUCAGUUGCCAUUAAAAACAACCCAAAGAAUCACCUUUGAAGUAAGAUCAAAUUCUUGGAGUAAGAUCAAAUCUUGGCUGUGUAGACUAAGUGGUGUUGGUUGGUAGACUAAGCCUAUGUGAGUGUUCUUAAUUUCAAAAAGUUGAAGUGCUUGUGAAAAACUAUGUCUGUGUCCUGUUUUUCUGACCUGUAAUGCAAAAUACCUGAUGACUUCAGAAAUAAAGCAUUUGACUUUG